UAUCAGAGACAAUGUAGCAUAAACAGGCUCCGCGGAGGGACAAGAAGACGCGACAAUGUACGGGCUACUCACACAAGCACGUCUGGAGUCGCUAAGUUCAACACACGUGAAAAUUGCCGUAUUUGGCGACGACAGACUACCGACUACGAGCUGGUAGCUUCUGCUCCCUGAUGGGAGUGCGGGGCGACGAGGACUAGGCCCUGCGCAUAUCAACUCAUCUUCACAUUCAAAGACGAGGCCCGCUCUUCACCUGAAUGUUUUGGGUCUCCACUUGCGUGCAUUAGCGUGGGUCCGUGCAUCAUGGGCGGCACAAAAGGGCACCUCUGUUUGCCUUCCAAACCUUUCCACUCUCCUACCAACAACAACAUCAGCAACUCGAACAAGAUGAGCGGUCGUAACUCCAGCCAGCCCGUUCCCCCAGACGCGGCAUCCCCCAAUGGAGUCGCCAUGAACGGCCGCGACAGCAACGACGAUAGCGGUCUUCAGACCAACAACAAUCCGCACUCUCUUUCUGAGGUGGAGGUCAAUCUUGCGCACAGCCUUGCCCAAGAACUAAAUCCCAAUCUCCCGCUUGCCACCACUCCACCAUACGACCCUAACCAGGGCUUUGUCUCGGACCAUUACAUGCCAGGCACUCAGCAGAGCACCAGCACUCAGUUCUACACUGAGAACCGUCCCGAGCCACCGCAUGACCAGGUGCGGGGCUUCGUACAGGGGCAAUACGGGCAGGAGGGAAGUCACAACUUCGACGGCGAGCACCAGUCGAAGCAUCAGGACGAGGGCUACACCGGACCUAACAACUCGUCUGGCUUCCAGCAGGCCCUCGGCCACUUGGGCGUGUACGGCGCAGCUUCUUUGCGCGACUACUCGAACGGAGCCGGCACGACAAGCACUGACGCGAUGGACGCUGGAAACGGAGGCUUCGAAGAACCCGAUGAAUUCCAAAUUGCCCCGGUGGAUGAGGGUGACGAUACGAGACGUCAAGAGGCAGAAGCCCGCGAAUCCCUGGUUCAUUUCGCCAAUCUUCAGACGGAGACCGCACGUCUCAAGAACGAGACCCAGGGGCUACAGGCCGAGCGCCAUGCCCUGCGCGUCCAGGCGACGUGCAUCAAGAAUCUGGCAAUGCUGCAGAAGACCCUGGGUGAUGAUGUCAAGGGCAGCAUGAGUGGCUUGCGCAAGGCGCUGGCGGGCAUUCACGAGGUCAAAGACAUGCUCACCAAGGUACAUGAUCGCGCCUAUGAAAUUGAAAUGAAGCGUCAUACAGAAUCCCGUCAUACUAGCCCUAGUGUCCCUCUGAAAUAUGGCCUUCGACGAGGCAAGCCACGAGUAAUGUACAACGUCGAAGAGCUUGCCAGUGAGUCGAGUGACAUAAGCGAUUCCAACGGAGACCAUGAUGAAGGCUUCGACUCGAGCGGAGAUGAGGCACGAGGGCGCCUCGAUUAUGAGCAGCCGCGUGUCACUGACGACGAGUCUGGGCACAUGGACAUGGGUCUGGUGGUGGUGAAGAAAGACAAGACCUCGCAUGAAGCCAGUACCGAUGAGUCGGCAGAGAGCAGCCUCGAUGACGAAGUACAAGACUUGAUCGACGAGAAGGAAGAGUUGCGACGGAUCAAGAAGCUUCGCCGUUGCUCUACUGAUGCCUAUGCCAAAGGGAAGAAUGCUGAUCGAAGAGUCAGCCGGGAGUACCUCGUGCACUACAAGGACGACGAGGACUUUGUCGUUCCUGACGACAUGGUAGACUACAGGACGAGUAGCUCGUCUUCGGAGGAUGCUGAAGCCAGCGAAGAUGUUGACGAUGACGAGGAAGGUGGCAUGGGUGACUACGAUGUCAUGGAUGAGGAGUAAAGUCACGAAGACAAGGGCCUGGUGUGCAUGCGCAUGGGCAGGACGGAAAUUGACAUCGUCUUGAGAACGCCACGGCUCGAGGGCCAGAGAUCAGGGCCUGUGCAUAUGGUCAGUGCCAGAUGGUCGAAGAAACAGCUGGGCCCCACUUGAGUGAAUCCACACCAAAUAAGGUUUAGCGGGCCGUGCGUAUUGCCCCACAAACAAGAACAAACAUUUCUCCAGCG